AUGCUUCCCUCACAACUGAAUGGUUCGCCAAAGCGUGCCAAUCUAUUUCCACGCCCAUCCUCCUCACAAGGGACAUAUUCACCACAGCCGAGGCCCAAAUCCGCCAUAAUUACACCCUCUAAUGGAUUAGAAUCAGCUAGAGGCCAUCUGCGCAACUCGUCCAUUUCACAAUUGUCGCCGACAUUAUCACAACGGACGAAUCGCGAGCGGUCAAAUUCGGCGAAGAAUAGUCCUAGCUCUGGAACAUUUGCUCCAAGCUUCAUCAAGGCAGAAGAGCGACGACGCGGAGCAGAUCAGAUUCGUGGCCUCGAAGGAGAAAAUGACUUCUCGGGCAACAAAUAUGUGUGGCUGCGAGACCCUCAAAAGGCUUUUGUGCGGGGGCUGGUCCUCGAGGAGCUCGAAGGGGGCCGCCUAUUAGUGCAGAGCGGUGAUGGCGAGCAACGGGAGGUAGAUGCGGAUCAGGUUGAUAAGGUCAAUCCUGCCAAGUUUGACAAGGCAGAUGAUAUGGCAGAACUCACACAUCUGAACGAGGCGUCUGUAGUGCAUAACCUGCAUACUAGAUACCAGUCUGAUUUGAUUUAUACUUACUCGGGACUUUUCCUGGUAACAAUCAAUCCAUACUGCCCUCUACCAAUCUACACCAAUGAGUACAUCAAAAUGUACAAGGGUCGUGGAAGAGAGGAGACGAGACCUCAUAUCUUCGCAAUGGCGGAUGAGGCCUUCCGAAAUCUUGUGGAAGAGGGCAAGAACCAAAGCAUUCUUGUGACAGGAGAGUCUGGUGCAGGUAAGACAGAGAAUACGAAGAAGGUUAUCCAAUACCUCGCGGCAGUCGCUACUUCUGAUACACCAUACGGUCGUUCUGGAACGAAACAAAUUACUGGUCUUUCGCAACAAAUUCUACGCGCCAAUCCUAUCCUUGAAGCCUUUGGAAACGCUCAAACCGUCCGCAAUCACAAUUCGUCCCGGUUUGGAAAAUUCAUUCGCAUCGAAUUCUCGCGAUCUGGCCAAAUUUCUGGUGCUUGGAUUGAUUGGUAUUUGCUUGAAAAAUCAAGAGUUGUGAAGCCCAACCCCGAUGAGAGGAACUAUCAUAUUUUCUACCAGCUUCUUCAGGGCGCGGACAGCCAAACUCGCGAGAAGCUUCUUCUGUCAGACCUUCAAAUCGAGGAUUUUGCAUACAUGCGAGACGGGAAUGAUUCAAUUGUCGGCGUCUCUGACCAAGAAGAAUGGAACGCGUUGAUUGAGGCUUUCCAUGUGAUGAAUUUUGAUGAAGAGGAUCAACUGUGCAUCUUGCAGACUAUCGCUGCUGUUCUGCACCUGGGAAAUGUCGGCGUUGCGAAAGCAAGUGUGCGCGCAGACCAGGCAGCUCUCGCACCCGAUGGGUACUCUAGUAUGGAAAAGGCUUGCUAUCUUCUUGGUAUUGAGGCCGAUGAUUUUGUCAAAGGUCUCUUGCAUCCACGCGUAAAAGCUGGCCGUGAAUGGGUGGAAAGGGUUCAAACUCCAGAUCAGGUCCGCAUGGGGCUAGAUGCCCUUGCGAAGGGUAUAUACGAGCGUGGAUUCGGAGAUCUGGUGACCAGAAUCAAUAGCCAACUUGGCCGUUCGAUGGCAAGUGACGACAACUACUUCAUUGGGGUUCUCGAUAUUGCUGGAUUUGAGAUUUUCGAUCACAAUAGUUUCGAACAACUCUGCAUCAAUUACACAAACGAGAAAUUACAGCAAUUCUUCAACCAUCAUAUGUUCGUUCUUGAGCAAGAAGAAUAUGCAAGAGAGCAAAUUGAGUGGCAAUUCAUCGACUUUGGGAAGGACCUGCAGCCAACAAUUGACCUCAUCGAGCUGACAAACCCCAUCGGCAUUUUCUCUUGUCUUGAUGAGGAUUGUGUAAUGCCCAAAGCAACAGACAAAUCCUUCACGGAGAAGCUUCAUGGCCUUUGGGACCGCAAGACCCCGAAGUAUCGCGCAUCUCGUCUCAGCCAAGGCUUCGUUCUCACCCAUUAUGCUGCAGAGGUCGAGUACACUACCCACGACUGGCUAGAGAAGAACAAGGAUCCGCUCAAUGACAACAUCACACGUCUCCUCGCUGCCUCGAAAGCCCCACACGUCGCAAAUCUUUUCUCCGAUUGUGCAGAUUCCGAGGAGGACGGCGGCAACCACCCCAGGAGUCGUGUCAAGAAGGGAUUGUUCCGCACAGUCGCCCAAAGGCACAAAGAACAAUUGUCUAGCUUGAUGGCCCAGCUACACUCAACACAUCCUCAUUUCGUCCGUUGUAUCCUGCCUAAUCACAAGAAGCGGGCAAAGACAUUAAAUGCCCCAUUGGUAUUGGACCAGCUGCGUUGUAAUGGUGUCUUGGAAGGUAUCCGAAUUGCUAGGACCGGAUUCCCGAACCGGUUGCCAUUCACAGAGUUCAGACAACGUUACGAGGUUCUCUGUCAGACCAUGCCGAAGGGAUAUCUCGAGGGACAGAGUAUUGCUCGCAUCAUGUUAGAAAAGUUAGGCAUGGAUCGAGCUUGGUACCGAGUUGGUCGCACGAAAGUAUUCUUUAGAGCUGGCGUUCUGGCCGAUCUAGAAGAAAAGCGCGACCAACUUAUUCGAAGUAUCAUGACCAAGUUCCAGUCUGUGGCACGAGGAUUUGUUCAGCGUCGUAUUUCAAACAAGCGACUCUAUCGCGCUGAGGCGACCCGAAUUAUCCAACAGAACUUCCACGCUUACCUAGACUUGAAAGGAAACCCAUGGUGGCGCAUGUUUUCGAGAAUGAAGCCCUUGCUAGGCGACACGAGAAACGCCAAGGAGGUCAAGAAGCGUGACGAGAAGAUCCAGCAGCUUGAGACCAAGAUGAAGCAAGACCUCGCCGAUCGCCAUAAACUGGAUGAAGAAAGACGCCGGACGGAGAUUGAGAUUCAGAAGGUACAGCAGACAUUAGAAAGUGAACGUGCACUCGCAUUGGACAAGGAGGAAAUCUUCAAACGAUUGCAAAAUCGUGAAGGAGAACUGGCUGAAAAGCUUGCUGGUGCAAUUGCUGACCAGGAAAGUCUGGAAGAACAACUGGAUGAGCUGGUUGAUGCGAAGAGAAAGAUCGACGACCAGCUGCAGCUCCGCAUUAAUCAGCUAGAACAGGCCGGCUUGAUCAUCGAGCAACUCGAGUCAGAAAAGAACAGUCUACAUUCCAAGGUUGAAGAGCUCGAUGUCAAGCUUUCAGAAACCGAGGAGCAGUUCUCUGAAAAGAACAACCAAAUUCAAGAACUGGGUCAAGAGAUCAAGAUGCUGCAGAGCCAUCUCAGCUUGAAAGAUCGUAAGCUUCAAGACCUCGAAGCUAAAUUGUUGAAGACCGACCAAGACAUUGAGGUCAAACUGGCAAACACCUCGAAGGAGCUCGAUAAAUCCAAGAAACAAGUUCAAGAUAUCUCCGAAGAGAACCGGUCUAUUCGCGCUCAGAUCUCCGAACUCUCGAACACUUCCACUGGCUAUGAGGACCUGCUUCGCCGCAAGGAGAGCGAGAUCACCGUCCUGCGCAAUGAUGUUCAAAAACACGAGGAAGAAAAGCGAAAUAUUGAGUCUGAGAAGGUUGCUCUCUCAUCACGCCAUGACAAUAUGCAAUCUCGCCUUCGUGAGGUACAAGCUGAGAGAGAUGCCAUGCGUUCCGAACAGACUCAACUUCAACGCGAAGCUGCGGACCUCAAGAACCUGCUUGAGAACAAGAGAUCCGAGGACGCCGAGGCUGGAGAGAGCAGGAAGCUACUAGAGCAGCAGGUUCAUGAUCUCAAAGGCCAUCUCUUCCAAGCUCAAGCCGACCUCAGCCGAGAAAGGCAGUCACGCGAUGAUGUACAAAUGCUCGCCGAACAUAAUCUCGCGCAAUUGACUCAGAAAUAUGAGACCCUGAACGACUCCAAGAUCACCAUCGAGAAGGAAAUGUACAUUCAACAAGAUAGUUUGCGUCGGGCUACAGAGGCGAGAGUUGCGGCUGAGACGACGCGCAAAGAGCUGCAAAGCGAGUUGAUCAAACUCCGGGAGAGAUUCACGGACGCUGAAACUGCCCGUAUGAAUGCCGAGGCUGAAAUUGAACGAAAGAUCAUGACCCAGGCCGAGGAGCGCAUGUCAAGCUCACGCAAAGAUCUGGCAGAAAAGGCACGCCAGCUUGAGGAAGUCGAAACAGAGCGCUCGAAACUUUCAGGGCGCAUUCAAGAACUUAUGCACUCAAUCUCUGAAUCUGAGAACUUCCGCCUGCGCCACGAUCAGCAUAAGGAGCGCCUUGAACGAGAGCUCGUCACCCUCAGAGGCAGGUUGACGGCAUCUGAAAAUGAUAACAGGUCUCUUUUGACUAAGAUUCAGCAAAAGAACCUUGACAUCGCUCGGUCGAACUCAAAGGCCACUGACAAUAAUCGACUCCGUCUCACUAACCUCCAAAAGGAGAAGGCCAGGCUCGAUGAGGAAACCAAGAAGCUGAGUCGCCAAGUAGAAGAUUCUCAGGUUACGAUUACGUCUCUAGAGAAGCAGAAGGAGAAGUUAUCGUUGAGCUUGGAAGACCUCAAUCAUGAGGUCAAUCGCGAACACAAAACUAGCCGUAAUGCUGAGAAGGCUGCCUCAACGGCCAAUCUGCAAUUGGCAGAAGCCAAUCGCAAGCUUGAGACCGAGCGCCAGCUUCGCACUCAGGCUCAAGCCAAUACUCGACAGACCCAGGGCACGCUGGAUAGAGCGAACAAGGAAAUUGAGGACCUACACCGGCAACUGAUAUUGCUGCACAAGGUCUUUGAGCCCGAGGCUACUGAGCCUACGCAGUCUUGGGAGGCCGUUCAGCCACACCUCUCCAAGCAAGUUGAUUUGGCCCAAGUCCUCGAAGCCGUCCAGAACAAGCUUGGAGUUACCGAGGAGAAGUACUCAAGAGCUGAGAGUCAGCUUGCCGAAAUGCGCCGGCGUCAUGCGGAUGAAAUGAAGGAGCUCGAUACCAAAUACUCAUCCUCUAAGCGGGCUUUGCUCGAAGAGAUCGACCAAAACGAAGUGGCCAAUAACCGGACUCCUGCUCAUCUGAGGAAGAAUUCUGAGAACGCUGUGAAGAGGUUUUCUAACCCCACCACUCCCAAUCGACGCUACAAUGUUUUCGAAGCAGCGAAUGAUUCCGCGAGGUCCGACCGGACGGUGGAUACACAGGGCUACCAAAGACGGAUGGAUACAGCUGCGGAGCUGGAAGAACUUCAGAACAAGCUCCAAAUGACCGAGAUGCAAAACAAGCACCUUCAAAGCCAGCUUGGACGCUCCACUCCCAGUGCGGACAUCUGGCAGGAUGACAGUCCUUCAAUCCGUCGCAUGCAGCUUCUGGAGCGAGAGAACGGCCGGCUCCAUGACCAACUCGAUGAUUCUUCUAAGAAAGUUUCAUCUCUGGAACGCAGCAUCCGCUCUGGGGAAUUGUCUCUCCGCGACGUACAAGCUAAAUCGCACGAAGAGCUAUACGACUUGAUCAACUCACAGGAGCAAUCCAGGCGCUCGCUUCUGAAGGUUCACAAUGAGACUAUGGCCGAGUUUGGUGACGCUAAGGCCCAUUUCGAGAAGUUGAAACGCGCUAGAGCGAUCUUAGAGGUCGAACUUCGUGAUGCCCGAUCCGAAACCCAAGAGCUACAAGUUGGAAGAGAGCAAGACACGGUCAGCCGUAACCAGCUUCUGCAAGAAUUCUCUGAUUUGCAGAUUCGCCUAGAUGCCGAGUCAUCUAGGUCUGCUGAUCUCGAAUCAAGCCUUAUGUUAUACAAGAGUCGAUCCGAUGAGUACUUCAACAAGCUCGAACAAGCUGAGAUUGCUGUGAUGAAAGCUUCACGCGCAGAACACUUCGCUAAGUCCCAAGGACAAGAAGCCGAGGAAACCUGUGCCCAGAUCAUGUCCGAGCGUAAAGAAAUGGAUGCACUUGUUGAGGACUUGCAACGUCAGUCCCAGUCUCUUGAGGCUCGCAUGGAAGACCAAGGUGCAGAGCUUCAGGCUGCGCUGCAGGCAAAGCAACGUCUGCAGAACGAGCUUGAAGACUACCGUAACCAGCGCGCGAUUGAUCUUGAGGACAAGGAGACCUCCAUGGAACAAACAAGACAAAAGUACCAGAGAGAGUUCUCCACUCUCAAUAACGAACUCGAGAUGGAGCGUGAGCGUGUGCUCAAUGGUCGUGCAGAGACUUCCCGUCUUCGUGAGGAGUUGGAAGACCUCCGCAGCAAAUGGGACGACGAGGUUCUCAAUAGCUCAACAUGGGCCAAGGAGAAAUCCCGUAUGGAGGUUGUCCUUCAGGAUGUCACCAACUCUCGUGACGAAGCUGUCAACGCUCACAAUGAGGCUCAAAGCAAGGUCGUUUCCCUGCUGUCCCAGGUACGCACACUUCGGACCUCUGUUGAUGACGUUCAGGCGGAGCGCGAUAUUCUUCUGAAGGACAAGAAGAUGCUGGAAGGACGAUUGGCGGAAGCCGGCGAGCGACUUGAAGACCUUGCCAAAGGUGAAAGCCCAUCCAUGCGCAACGCUGCCAGUAUGGACCGUGAGCUUCUGGAACUCAAGUCCAGAAUUGCGCAGCAGGAGGAUGUUUCCGCCGCUGCUGUUGGUAAAAUGCGCCGCGCAGACGCCUUGGCAACUGAAAUGCAGAAGGAAGUCACCGCUGAACGGGAGGCAAAUGCUCAACUCUUCAAGGAGAAGGCUGCAGUUGAGAAGCAGCUAAAGGAGGCCCAGCUCCGGUGUGUUGAUCUCGAAACCAAGAGUUACUCCUCCGGUAGCCAGGAUGUUCGCUUCUUGCACAAGCGAAUCAAGGAGCUCGAAAGUCACCUGGAAGACCAGGAGAGCAAGCACAGCUCUGAGCAACGCUCUCUUCGUAACGUUGACCGCACGGUCAAGGACCUCCAAUCCCAGAUCGACAGGCGGGAUAAGGUUAACACUCAGUUGAAUGACGAUCUCAACAGAGCUCGCGAUAAGAUCGAACGGCUCCUCCGCAACAUCGAGGAGCUUCAGCAUAAUGACUCGGACGCACAGCUGCUGGCCCGGCGCGCCGAGCGAGACCUCCGUGAGGAGCGUGAGAAAGCUUUACGAUUGGAACGCGAGCUGGAGGGCUGGAAGGCCCUACGGGGCGAGCGAGGCAGCACUAUCGGGCGUGGCAUAGCCGCUUUCAGUGACAACGGAAGCCGUUGCGGGAGUGCUGCCUAUGGAUCUAAUGAUAUUCCUCAACGGCAACCCAGUAAUACCAAGGGGUUCCUGUGA